CAGGAAGUGUUGUGACUUGCUGCUUAGAAUUACAAUUGUCGGAGGAAUGCUGGCCUUCCAGAUUAAUUUUCUGGGCGUGGGAGAAAGUUCCACAUUGCGUUAGGGCUACGCGAGAGAUCAAGUCUGCUUUCCUCAGAAAUCCCAACAGGGCAAGGACCUGAUCCCCUCCACACUUACGAUCUCCAGUGGCUGCAGCUCUGCUUCUAUGCAUUCCUGGCCCAGAGGGUGACCCUGUUACACAAACUAGAACACUGCCCUUCUUGUAGUGCAUGAAAUGGCCAACGUUACACAAAUAUCCAAGGAUGAACUAGAAGAACUCAGAGAGGCCUUUGCCAAAGUGGACCUCAACAGCAAUGGGUUUAUCUGUGACUAUGAACUGCACGAACUCUUCAAAGAAGCCAACCUGCCUCUUCCUGGCUACAAAGUGAGAGAGAUCAUUCAGAAACUCAUGAUUGAUGGUGACAAAAACAAAGACGGAAGGAUCAGCUUUGAAGAAUUUGUUUAUAUCUUUCAAGAGGUGAAGAGCAGUGACAUCGCUAAAACAUUCAGAAAAGCCAUCAACCGGAAAGAAGGCAUUUGUGCAAUUGGUGGAACAUCUGAGUUGUCUAGUGAAGGCACCCAGCACUCUUACUCAGAGGAAGAAAAAUACGCCUUUGUGAACUGGAUAAACAAAGCCUUAGAAAAUGACCCAGAUUGCAGGCAUGUCAUCCCAAUGAACCCAAAUACAGACGAUCUCUUCAAAGCUGUUGGGGACGGGAUUGUUUUGUGUAAAAUGAUCAACCUUUCUGUUCCCGACACAAUUGAUGAAAGAGCAAUCAACAAGAAAAAGCUGACACCAUUCAUAAUUCAGGAGAAUUUGAAUUUGGCUCUGAACUCCGCCUCUGCCAUUGGGUGCCACGUGGUCAACAUUGGAGCAGAGGAUUUGAGGGAAGGGAAGCCACACCUGGUCCUGGGACUCCUGUGGCAGAUUAUCAAGAUCGGCUUGUUUGCAGACAUAGAACUCAGUCGAAAUGAAGCUCUGGCUGCUUUGCUUCGAGACGGGGAAACCUUAGAGGACCUUAUGAAAUUGUCUCCGGAAGAACUGCUCCUGAGGUGGGCGAACUUUCACUUAGAAAAUGCCGGGUGGCACAAGAUCAAUAACUUCAGCUCAGAUAUCAAGCUUACUGACUUCAAUAACUCUGUUAAGGACUCCAGGGCAUAUUUCCAUCUCCUCAACCAAAUUGCACCCAAAGGGCAGAAAGAAGGAGAGCCUCAGAUUGAUAUUAACAUGUCUGGCUUUAAUGAAAAAGAUGACUUGAAGAGGGCGGAGUGCAUGUUGCAGCAGGCAGAUAGGCUGGGCUGCCGGCAGUUUGUUACUCCAGCGGACGUUGUCAGUGGCAACCCUAAGCUGAACUUGGCCUUUGUGGCAAACUUGUUUAACAAAUACCCAGCCCUCACCAAGCCUGAGAACCAGGACAUUGACUGGACCCUGCUGGAAGGUGAGACCCGAGAAGAGAGAACAUUCCGCAACUGGAUGAAUUCCCUUGGCGUCAACCCACACGUCAACCACCUCUACGCAGACCUGCAGGAUGCAUUGGUGAUCUUACAGCUCUACGAAAGGAUCAAAGUUCCCGUAGACUGGAAUAAAGUCAACAAGCCCCCCUAUCCAAAACUUGGGGCAAACAUGAAAAAGCUAGAAAAUUGCAAUUAUGCUGUAGACUUGGGGAAGCACCCAGCGAAGUUUUCCCUGGUUGGCAUUGGCGGGCAGGAUCUCAAUGAUGGGAACCAGACCCUCACACUGGCUUUGGUGUGGCAAGUGAUGAGAAGGUAUACCCUGAAUGUUCUUGAAAAUCUUGGGGAUGGCCAGAAGGCCAAUGAUGACAUCAUAGUUUGCUGGGUGAACAGGACCUUGAGAGAAGCGGAGAAGUCGAGUUCCAUUCAGAGCUUUAAGGACAAGUCAAUCAGCAGCAGCUUGGCAGUCGUGGAUUUAAUUGAUGCUAUUCAACCUGGUUGUAUAAAUUAUGACCUUGUAAAGACGGGAGAUCUGUCGGAGGAAGACAAACACAGUAACGCCAAGUAUGCUGUGUCAAUGGCUAGAAGAAUUGGCGCCCGAGUAUAUGCUCUGCCUGAAGACCUUGUAGAAGUGAAGCCCAAGAUGGUGAUGACGGUGUUUGCCUGUUUGAUGGGCCGAGGAAUGAAGAGAGUUUAAAACCAAGUUCUACACCAAAGCACCCAAGCCUCCCACUCCUCGGCUCGUGUCUUGCAAGAUCAGCUGUUUUCAGGCUGAAAUGCUGUCAGCCCUAAAGAACUGUCCAAGUGGUUGUUUAUUUUGUUUUGUUUGUCUUUAAGAAAAGGACUCUGCGUUAUGCUUUGCAAGGCAGGAAUGCAAUGGGGAUUUCUGAGGAGGGGGAGAGUGCUGUCUCACAGAACCUCUCCUUCUGUGGCGUUCCGAGUUGCAUUGACACUUCGUUGGGCUUGUCUUCUCAUGUGCCCAGGGAACUGCAUCCAGAUCAGAACAGCUUCCUGGAGCAGUUUGUCAGAAUAGUGCCCAAAGCUUCCUGUCCCCACCCCCAGAUGCUCAGUUCUCUGGCGGGUUGCUGGAGGUGGCUGGCACCACUGUUUAGAAUGACACAUCUCGCUCUUCUAUUCUUACAAAUUAAAACAAAGCUUUAGAAAAAAAAUCUCAUGGUCCAAGCACGUGGAUGGGUUUGAAUUUUAAUUGAAUCUGCUGCCCCUCGAUUUGUAUAACGGUCUUAGCUGGGACUGUGCGUAAACCAUGUUCUGUGCUGCAAAACCUUAGAACUCUGUGACCUACAUGCAUGAUCCAAAUCAGGCCAUUGCAUACCUUCUAUUCGGCAUAACUUAUUCUGCAGUUUUAACUAGUUUGCUUAAUUUAGUCACAGGGACCUAUGCAAGACCCUGAAGUUCACCUGCCCCCUACCCCACACCGUCACAAUAACUGGAAAUCUUACUGAGCCUCCUUUCAGGCUUCUGAGAUUUCAAGCGGUCAUCACUCGCUCACUUCCAAACUAUCCUUGCAGCUAUGAGGAGGAGAAACUUAAAUAAUUAAAGCUUUGAUUCUCAGGAAGUGGGAGUUGUGUGCCCGGUAACCAUGUUUUUUGGCUUUUCUGCACUCCUGCAAUGCCUCGACAUACGCACAGUUCUGGCCAUGGCACAGAUGUCCAAGGGUGUAGAUCGUGUGUUUGCGUAUACGUGUGUGUCUGACUGAGAGAGGAGGGCAGGGGAAAUACUUCCAAAGACUAGUCUUCCUGCAGUAUUCUUCAAUCAUGGUGCUGCUCUUUUCUUCUGUACAACCCAGCAAUAUCUUUGAUUACUUUACAGACAUAAGCAUAGCCAGUUUAUUUUUGCUAUGUCCUUUUUAUAAAAAAAGUUCUUUGUGUGAGAAGUAUCACUUUCCAAGGCCACUGCAUUGCCAACGGCUUAAUUAAAUCCACAGAACUGAACGAAUGCAAUUUUUUUUGUACCGUAGCUUUGGUCUAUUGUUUGCCGAGAUCAUUUUUAUUUCAUUUUUUUCCAUGAUCUGCCCAACAAAACUCCUUGUUAACUCUGGUUUUUUUAAUUAUUUAAAGUGUUAUUAGAAGUAUGUGAAAGCGUAUGAGAAGUGAUUGAUUGAUGGGACCAGGCCUUGGAUGGAUGGGACCACAAAUGUUAGGGACCUGUAUCUUGAAGAGCGGAAUGUGCCGAGACUUAAGAAAGUAUUUUUUUAACAAAUAAAAAGGAAAUGUUGUCACCAAAGAAAAAAAAACACAUUUUAUCCAUAGGAGCAAGUGUACUUCAGCUUUGGCAAGCUGUUAGCUAUUCUUCAGGUCCUGUUGCUCUCCCUGGAUCUUCCAAGCAAUGUAAUAUGACAGCAAAAGAACAGACGAAAUAAAAUCAUUUUAAUAAGGCCA